AUGGCUGUUGGUGACGUGUCUAUGCCGCAUAUGCAUGUGGUACAAGGUGUUAAAAUUGGCUCUGCUGAGGCGUAUGUCCGUACCAAUGUUGCGGGUGUGUUUACCCAGAAUGCAUUUUGUGCAGCGCCCGUUCAUGUGUCCAAAGCACAUUUAGCACAAGCCAAUCCACGCUAUUUGGUCAUCAAUACCGGGAAUGCUAAUGCAGGUACAGGCAAAUUGGGCAUGCAAAAUGCACAAUUGACUUGUUUAAAGCUUGCUGAGUUAGCGCAGGUAGAAGAAUUUGAGGUAUUGCCAUUCUCUACAGGAGUCAUUGGCGAACAACUGCCCAUUGAGCGUUUAACGCAAGGUUUACAGCCUGCACUAAAUAGUUUGAAUGACGCUUCAUGGACGGAUGCUGCGACUGGGAUCAUGACCACAGAUACCACACCAAAAGGCGCCUCAGAACAGUUCGAGCUUGAUGGUAUAACGUAUACAAUGACUGGGAUUUCUAAAGGUGCAGGCAUGAUUCGCCCAAAUAUGGCGACCAUGCUGAGUUUUGUUGCAACCGAUGCGCCAAUUGCACGAAAUCUUGUGCAAAAAAUGUUAAAAAUUAGCGCAGACCAAUCAUUUAACCGAAUUACUGUGGAUGGUGAUACUUCUACCAAUGAUUCAUGCAUCUUUGCUGCAACAGGCAUGGCUGGUGGUGUAGAAAUUAGCAGUGAAGAUGAUGCACGCUAUACGGUGGUCUUGGAUGUUUUAUCGCGUGUGAUGAAGCGUUUGGCACAACUGAUUAUUCGUGAUGGAGAAGGGGCAACCAAAUUCAUUACUAUCAUGGUUGACGGUGGAAACGACACACAAGAAUGUUGUGAUAUUGCUUAUAGCAUUGCCCAUUCACCAUUGGUCAAAACGGCAAUUUUUGCGUCUGAUCCAAACUGGGGGCGUAUCCUUGCUGCGAUUGGUUAUGCUGGCGUGAAAGAUUUGGAUGUUGAAAAAAUUCAAGUCUGGUUAGACGACGUGCAAAUUUGUAAAGAUGGUGGUGCUGCUGAAGACUAUACCGAAGAAGCUGGUGCGCGUGUAAUGUCACAGACAGAAAUGACCAUUCAUAUAAACCUUGGUCGAGGGCAGGCCAAAGAUACGGUCUAUACUUGUGACCUAUCAUAUGAUUAUGUGAAAAUUAAUGCGGACUAUCGUUCUUAA